AUGUUCGUCGCUACAGUAACCGUUUUAAUAAUCACAUACAGUGCCCUUCUUCACUGCUGUCCUUUACUCAAUCGAACCGAUUUUUUACGUGAAGAAGCGUUGCUCAAAAAGAAAUUAUUAGAAAACUACGAUCCAAAACUUCCUGUUAUCGCAACCGAAACUGAAGGCCUCGAAAUCCCACGAUUUCAAGUCGAUCUCGCUCUGGGUUUCUUGAAGCUGAAGCGUAUGUACGAACCCGAACAGAAGGUCGAUUUCAUCUUCGAAUAUCAAAUGGACUGGCAAGAUGAACGUCUUACGUGGAAUCCGUCGGAACACUGCGGUAUCGAAAGAAUUUAUCUGAGCCGAGGAGAUGUUUGGAUCCCAGAGGUGACUGUGACUGAGGCGGAAUCGUCGCAAGACUUUCGCGAGGAUUACAAAAAAUAUCUUUCGCUAAACAGCACCGGACACUUGAUAUUCUUCGUACCUACAGUGACGUCCGUUUUAUGUUCUGUUAAGGUGCGCGAUUUUCCUUUCGACAGCCAGGCAUGUUCUAUUAAAAUGAUGACACAUUCGUUUCGAGCUACUGAAUACGGUAUAAACAUUUUGAUUCCUCCAGCAAUCGAGAAAGCUUCACCACUUGAAGAUAUGGUAUGUACUUUAUUGAUCACUUUAUCCAAAUCACCGCGGUUCGAUUACCACAGUAGAGAGUUAGCCGAUUACCACAACUUCGCCAAAGAAGGCGGUUCGCCCGGCUAA